ACCUCCCCUCUGGUGUUGAUAAUAAACUUGAAGAGACAUUAAAAAGAUCUCUCCAUUUGCUUGAUUCUUUCUCUGAGAACGAACACGCAGAAGAAAAUCUUUUCCAUCGGUGUCGAAUAUUACAACUAUGCGGAUGAAAGGGGUGUUCUUAUUUGCGUUGAUUGCAUGUUGGACUGUAGUGUGCAAAAGUGAAGAUGGAUUUACGUAUGAUAAUGAAAUAGGGGAUGACUUAUCAAAAGAACUUGAAAAGGAAUACCUAUUUAGGGUUGCUGUAGCAUGUGAUUGUGGUCCAAAUGGAGUAUGCGGUUUCAAAGACGACCAACCUGUUUGUACUUGCAACACAGGAUUUUCUGUGAAUAAAAACAAAUGCGAAGCAUGUGAUUGUGGUCCAAAUGGAGUAUGCAGUUUCAAAGACGACCAACCUUUUUGUACUUGCAACACGGCAUUUUCUUUGAAUAAAAACAAAUGCGAAGCAUGUGAUUGUGGUCCAAAUGGAGUAUGCGGUUUCAAAGACGACCAACCUGUUUGUACUUGCAACACAGGAUUUUCUGUGAAUAAAAACAAAUGCGAAGCAUGUGAUUGUGGUCCAAAUGGAGUAUGCGGUUUCAAAGACGACCAACCUGUUUGUACUUGCAACACAGGAUUUUCUGUGAAUAAAAACAAAUGCGAAGCAUGUGAUUGUGGUCCAAAUGGAGUAUGCGGUUUCAAAGACGACCAACCUGUUUGUACUUGCAACACAGGAUUUUCUGUGAAUAAAAACAAAUGCGAAGCAUGUGAUUGUGGUCCAAAUGGAGUAUGCGGUUUCAAAGACGACCAACCUGUUUGUACUUGCAACACAGGAUUUUCUGUGAAUAAAAACAAAUGCGAAGCAUGUGAUUGUGGUCCAAAUGGAGUAUGCAGUUUCAAAGACGACCAACCUGUUUGUACUUGCAACACAGGAUUUUCUGUGAAUAAAAACAAAUGCGAAGCAUGUGAUUGUGGUCCAAAUGGAGUAUGCAGUUUCAAAGACGACCAACCUUUUUGUACUUGCAACACGGCAUUUUCUUUGAAUAAAAACAAAUGCGAAGCAUGUGAUUGUGGUCCAAAUGGAGUAUGCGGUUUCAAAGACGACCAACCUGUUUGUACUUGCAACACAGGAUUUUCUGUGAAUAAAAACAAAUGCGAAGCAUGUGAUUGUGGUCCAAAUGGAGUAUGCGGUUUCAAAGACGACCAACCUGUUUGUACUUGCAACACAGGAUUUUCUGUGAAUAAAAACAAAUGCGAAGCAUGUGAUUGUGGUCCAAAUGGAGUAUGCAGUUUCAAAGACGACCAACCUGUUUGUACUUGCAACACAGGAUUUUCUGUGAAUAAAAACAAAUGCGAAGCAUGUGAUUGUGGUCCAAAUGGAGUAUGCGGUUUCAAAGACGACCAACCUGUUUGUACUUGCAACACAGGAUUUUCUGUGAAUAAAAACAAAUGCGAAGCAUGUGAUUGUGGUCCAAAUGGAGUAUGCAGUUUCAAAGACGACCAACCUGUUUGUACUUGCAACACAGGAUUUUCUUUGAAUAAAAACAAAUGCGAAGUAUGUGAUUGUGGUCCAAAUGGAGUAUGCAGUUUCAAAGACGACCAACCUUUUUGUACUUGCAACACAGGAUUUUCUUUGAAAAAAAACAAAUGCGAAGCAUGUGAUUGUGGUCCAAAUGGAGUAUGCAGUUUCAAAGACGACCAACCUGUUUGUACUUGCAACACAGGAUUUUCUGUGAAUAAAAACAAAUGCGAAGCAUGUGAUUGUGGUUCUAAUGGAGUAUGUAGCUUCAAAGACGACCAAACUGUUUGUACUUGCAACCGAGGAUAUUCAGUGAAUAAAAACAAAUGCAAAGCAUGUGAUUGUGGUCCAAAUGGAGUAUGCAGUUUCAAAGACGACCAACCUGUUUGUACUUGCAACACAGGAUAUUUAUUGAAUAAAAACAAAUGCGAAGCAUGUGAUUGCGGACCUGGAGGAAAUUGCACUUUCGUAGAAGAUAAACCCGUUUGCAAUUGCAAAAAAGGCUAUUUGGAACAUGAAAAAAAAUGCAAAGAAUGUGAUUGUGGCAAGAAUGGAGAUUGCAGUUUUAGUGAGAAAGGGGAGAAAACAUGCAAUUGUAUCUUUGGUUUUGAGGCAAAACGCAUAGGAACUAAAGAUAUAUGUGUUGAAACUUGCGAAACUGAUAACGAAUGUAAUGGAGGCAAGUGCGAAGAGCUGAACGGAAAAAAAUUCUGUAAUUGUCCAAGUGGAUUAGAGGGAGACAAAUGUGAAACCAUCCAUGAAUGUGAGACCGGAAUAUUCAAAAACUGCAGAUCGUCUGGUGGUGACUGCAAAUUAAAUGGUACCACAGUCAUAUGCGUGUGUCCUGACGAGAAAAAACUUGAUAAAAGCGAUUUAACGAACCAGAUUUGUAAAAAGAAAUGUUCAUCAGAUACAUGCGCGAAUGAAGGUCAGUGUAUAAACGAAUUGUGUCAAUGCAAACAGGGAACUAAAGGAGAUGACUGCAGUGAAAUUACUGGCUGUAAAGAUUUGAAAUGUGAAGAAAAGUCAGCAAUUUGCCGGUAUAAUUCUUCUGAGAAUCCAAAUACAUUUUGUGUAUGCGAAGAUCAAAAAUACACAUUUGUGCUUAAAGAUCAAAAAUGUGUGGAAAAAUGUAGUGCCGACACUGAUUGUCAAAACCAAGGUAAAUGCGAUCCCCAAACAAAGGUCUGCGAAUGCAAAAAAAAUACUUUUGGAGACAAAUGCCAAAAUAUUAUAGGAUGUGAGACUCUGAACUGUACAGAGAUUAAUGCUAAGUGCGAAUAUGAUAUCAACAAAUUGGGGCCAACUUGCAGAUGUCUUGAUGAUAGUUACUAUUAUAAUGACGGAAAAUGUAAAUCCAAAUGGUGUCAAGAUGGAUGCAACACACAAGUCAGCACAUGUGAGUACAAAGAUGGAGUUGGAACCUGCAAAUGCACGGAUGCCGAUAAGUAUUACGAUUACACAAAGAGGACUUGCAGUCCAAUCGACAAAUGUUUCAAGGCUGAGUGUGGUGAGAAUCAAGACUGCAGCGGUGGAACUUGUAAAUGCAAGGAAAAUUACAAGAUGGUGAACAAAACAUGCGAACGACAGGAUUUGUGCAGUCUUGAUAAAUGCUUUAAUGAUACAAAGUGCGAAGAAAACAGUGAUUCCGGAUUGGUUAAAUGUUCCUGCAAGUCUGAUUCCAAAUUUUACCUUAGUAAAAGAUGUCAAGAUGGAAAUUGUUUCUUGCCUGGUCAAAGGAAAGGUUGCAAGGGAAAAUGCCCUGAUGGAAUGACCCGCAAUGAGGAAGACGGCGAAUGUAAAUACAAAGAUGAUAAAACUAAAUGCGAAAAGGACUGCGGAUUCCUUGGGUGGUGCUAUAAAGCUUCUGAAAAAGCUGAAGCAACUUGCGUUUGCGAUCCUACUUAUGCUGAAUUGAACAAAACCGCACAAAAAUGUGUUUUGAAAGCCACUGUUUGUCCAUCUAGACAGAGAGAUGGGGACAGCAAAUGCAAAUGUACGGGAAAAUUUAAACUGGCCGGCAAUGGAAUUACUUGUGACUUAAGAUCCUGUUCUGAUGAAGAUGUGCAAAAGGAAUGCAAAACCAGAGGAGCAGAAAAAUGCGUAGAUGAUUGGAAAAAUGACGGAUACAAAUGUGUUUGCCCUAAAGGAUAUAUAGAUAAUGAAAAAGGCUGCCUUGAUCCUUGUAGUGUUGGCGAUAUGCAGGCACAAUGCUCUAGUAAAGGACAAACAUGUUACAUUGGCGCCAAAGAUAGAACUGGAGAUUGUAGAUGCCCACCGUCAUUCACCUAUGAUACAGGAAAACAAUCAUGUGAAAUUAGCAGUGCUGACACAUUUAUGAUCCCUGGCUUACCAGUCUUGAAAAAGAGGUAUGAAAUUGGUGAGAAUAAUAUCAAUAAAGUGAAACUGAGCCAAGACGUUAUUAUUGCUAUGAUGCAAGUUUAUGAUAAGCUGGAGUUUGCUCAACUUUACAAUUAUAAGGUGGAGAAAGACAUUAUACGGUGCGAUGUCUGGCUACAAUUUAAACCUCAACCCUCAGACAAAUUUAAUGCCACCUUGGAAGUUAAACGCUGGUUAAGUCAGUUAAAAGAAAUAAAAAAGAAUCUUCUUCUACCACCUAAUCUUUUGAUGAGCAGCGACAUCGUGAAAGCCGUGGAAGAAGAGAAACUCACGCUUUGCACCCCCACUGUGCUGCAAGAUGUCUGCGGUAGAGGUUCCACCUGUGAUGAGAAGAAAGGGUGCUCAUGCGAAGCCGGUUAUAAAGAAAUACAAUCCACCAUCAAAACAUCAGUGGGCAAACGUCUUGUAAGAUGCGAAGAUAUUGAUGAAUGCCUUGAAGGGUCCCAUAAAUGUCCAGCCAAUUCUAAGUGCAUUAAUACCCUUGGAGACUAUUUCUGUAAAUGCAAUUCUGGUUUUAAGAAGGCGAAGGGUGAAGCUGAUGCUUUGGACAAGGAGGCAUGCGUUGGUUUGUGCGACCCAAACCCUUGUAAUAAAGGCUCUUGUCAAGUUACUAAAGAAUUUGCAGUUGAAUGCAAAUGUCAAGUAGGUUACACUGGAUCUUUUUGUAAGGAUGAAGAUGUUAACUUAGCAAAGGCAAGUAAAGCAACUAAAGUCGUUGGUGCAGUCCUAGGAACAAUUCUCGCUAUCGUUAUAAUUCUGAUUAUAGUUUACAUCGUAAGGCAAAGAAAAAAUUCGUAUUCUGAAGACUUUACACCGGCUCCUAGAGUUGAUAAUGCAGAAAUGGUUGAGAGGAGGCCGAUGCGGGGAGUAACUAACAGAGCCUACCAGUAAAACCAUCGACACAGCGUGGAAGAUGUAAAUUUAUGUACAAUAAAACUGUUGCUUAGGGUGACUAUGCCAGCUAUUAAAGUUUCUAAGAAUUUUAUUUUAUGAACAGUGAAUGUCAUCAUAAAUUUUCAAGACAUCAGUUUUUUAUUUUAUGUCCAUCUUUUUAGAAACAAACAUUUGGACAAUAAAUCGCUCUCAGAGAUAGGGAACACCUUCAAAUAAUAUAUUUCAUCACGCUUCAUAUUAAUAAUUUUGGAAUUUUGCAACAGAGAUUAUUAGAAAUUGUAUUUUUUUAUUAAGACUAUUUAACAUUCUAAAUAUUUGGAUAGUUGAAAGUUUGAAGAUUGAUAUUUUACGUGAAAAAAAAACCCAUAAGAAAAGUGGUUCAUUGCGCUGAACGAGAAAUUUGUGAAACUAUAUAAUUUAUGUGUACAUACACUUUUUGAAUUGCUUUGUUUUUAAAACUUUUUUUUUCAUUAAAAGCAGAUAUUACUUUCUAUAAAAAAAGUUAUGUAACAGAACUGAAAAAAUAAAAAUUUGUGUACAUA